CUGUCAAUAGGGAAAUACACUGACCAGCCACUUUAUUAGGUACAGAGGACACCUAAUUACAUGUCAGCAGUAGCACCUAUCAUAUAAAGUAUUGAUUCGCUUUUCUUCAUAUAUUACACAUUUUAAAGCACUUUUGUUCAUUUGGCACUAAAAUUCUUCUAUGAGCUAAAAUUUUUUCCAGACAUUUUCAAGACUUUCAAGACCUGGGCAAGCAUCCUGGGUUUAGGUCUGGUUUGACAUAAGGGCCCCAGGACCAUUGUUCUAUGGGGCCCCCAAACUGCCUUGAAAGGAGAAACAAAAUAAAGCAGGAGCUGCAGCAACAUCAUCAGCAAGAGAGAGGAGGAGGACUGUGGAGCUCAGUCAGUUCACUUCCGGACCAUGUGAGCCGCCGUAAUUGAUGCUUAUUUGCCGCACAGAUCCUCCCGGAAAGAGCCUCAGCAGCCUGGCACAGCCGAGCCGUCCAGCGGGUAGAGACGCAGGCCACACAGCCGAGCCUCUCCGCGCUAAGAGCCAGAGAGAGCCCCUACAUUUAGGGGAAAUGAGUGCAGACGUGGCGGUGUCUUUGGCGGUCCUCGCGGGGAUCGUCGGGCUCAGCGACGCGACCCGCAGGUUGGUGUCCAGGAGCCUCGCGGGCACCGGUCUCUGCGUUUACGCGUUGGAGCUCGUGUCCACCUUCCAGCUGUGCUGUUGCACGCACGAGCUCAGGCUGCUGGCUGAUGUGGGGGGGAUCGAGCCUCGACUCGCCCUUACUUUGACGUACCUGGCGGCCGUGGUGCACGGACUCACAUUCCGCGGGGCCAUCGGCAACCCAUCCGGUACACUGGAGCACGCAUACCACUCCAAGAUUUCGGGUGGAUGCGCAGUGCGGCGCAUCGCCUGUCAGUUCGCCGCGGCCGCUGCCGCUCGCGCCGCGGUGCCGCUGCUCUGGGAUAUCGGGUUGUCGAGACUGCACGUGCGGCAUAAGCUGCUCGGUUUCCGGUGCGUCAGCCCCAUUCACGCACCGCUGCCCAAGGCCGCUGCCGUGGAGCUCGCGUGCGCUUUUGCAGUGCAGACUGCCAUUACGCACACGCGCUCGGUGGAGGAGAAAUAUCGCGUGCACGCAGUAGCUGCGGUCAUUGCAACAGUCGUUUACGCAGGUGGCAGUACGACCGGAGCUGUGUUUAACCCGGCCUUGGCCUUCUCCACACAGUUCCCCUGCAGUGGACACUCCUUCCUGGAUUACUGUCUGGUUUACUGGCUGGGUCCACUGCUGGGCAUGAUGAGCUCAGUGCUGGUGUUUGACAAACUCGUCCCUCUGUUGUCAAGGAAACCACUGUCUCACUACCAUGUCCCCCUGGAGACCAAGAAGAGGACAUGAGCCAGAGAACACAAUGACACUGUAAACCUGCCACUGACCUCAGACAUCAGGAGUUACAGAAACACUAAUAAGUACUUUUCUUUUUUUAGAAAAAGACACUUGAUCUUAAAGAUUUUAUUUCUAAUUGUGGACCAUUGGACAGGAGCACAAUUUAAAGGAAAUCACACAUGGCUAAUUUUUGUUUUCAAUUGACAUUCAAAAAGAAUCAAUUAUUAAACAAAGUUUGCAUGAUUGCAGAUGCAAUAAUACACUGAGCCAAGUAUUAUUUUUGUGCAAUAUUACAUUUACUAGAGCUUAUCAACUGAAUGAUAUGGUGCUAAUAAACUGUAUUUGUAUAGACAUUUUUGUAAGCACUUACCUGAGUUUUAUUGACAUUCCAGAGCCAAGCACACUGUAGGAGUAUAGUAUAUUCAGAGGUUUGUUAGUUAUUGUGCAGUGAAUUCAAUUAAAUUCUCUUUAAAAACA